AUGGUUAGUAAUCAUGGCGACGGUCUGGAAGGCCGCACAGAAGACACAUCAUUUCCCUCAGCAAGUGCACUAAAGGAGUUGCCUCUAAUGCAGAACUGCCCACAAAAAGGCGCUUCUAAAUGUACACCAGCAUCCAAACGGUAUCGCACCCACGAUGGCACAUGCAACAAUAUUAAGCGUUCACGCUGGGGAUCCACCAUGACUCCCGUCCAGCGUUUCCUACCACCUUCCUACUAUGACGGAAUACAAGCUCCAAGACGUUCAGUAUUCGGGGGUAAGCUCCCUUCAGCACGAGAGAUAAGUUCUGCAAUCCAUGAGGCUAAAAAUGCUGAGAGCACAGGAGUGACACACUUGUUGAUGCAGUGGGGACAAUUCCUAGACCAUGACAUGACUUCUUCUUCUCAGUCCAGAGGGUUCAAUGGUUCAGUACCGAGAUGCUGCAAGGAUGGAGGAAGAGACUUUGUACCAAAAGAGUUACUACAUCCAGAAUGCCUCCCAAUCACGGUGCCAAAAAGUGACCCGUUCUACGGCCCCAAAGGGAUACGUUGCCUGGACUUUGUGCGGUCUGCUCCCGCUUCGCGCGACGAUUGUGCCUUGGGAUGGCGGGAACAAUUCAAUCAGGUUUCUUCAUACAUAGACGGAUCUCCACUAUAUGGAAACUCCGCUACAAAGUCUGAUAAGCUGAGAUUGUUCAGGAAUGGCAUGUUACAAUACGGAAGACUCCAACAAAAUCGCCCAGUCCUGCCUCCAGAACAUAGCGAUGAGCUCUGUCGAGGCGGUGCCGUCUCCACUGACUGUUUCAAGUCUGGAGAUGCGAGGGUCAAUGAGCAUCCAGGGCUUGUAGCGGCACAUAUAGUCUGGAUGAGGCAGCACAACAGGAUGGCACAAGAGCUGGCUCACCUAAACCCCCAUUGGAGUGAUGAGAAAAUUUACCAGGAGACGCGGAAGAUCGUCGGUGCCAUGAUACAACACAUUACAUACAGAGAGUUCCUACCCAUUGUGUUAGGUAAUGAAGUAAUCCGCCGUUUCGAGCUAGAACUACAGAAGAAAGGUUACUACAAGGGUUACAGCCCCAAAAUCAACCCCAGUCCUGCCAGCUCAUUCAGCUCAGCGGCCUUCAGGUUCGGGCACAGCCUCGUGCAGUCUUCCUUAGUGCGGUUUGACAAGUUUCAUCGACCUAUGAAAAAUAACGUUACCCUCCACAUGGAACUCACAAACCCUUCAAAUAUCUGGAGCAUCGGCGCAGUGGAUCGUCUGCUCUUCGGCAUGCUAAACCAACCCAUACAGAAUCGGGAUGAGUUUAUUACAGAAGAACUGACAAACCACCUGUUUCAAACACCCCAGUUCGAUUUCGGCAUGGAUCUUGCAGCAAUCAACAUUCAAAGAGGGAGAGACCACGGAAUUCCACCGUAUACGUCAUGGAGGGAACCUUGUGGGUUGUCGGUCAUUGAAGAUUUUGAUGACUUAUUCAGAGUUAUGCCGGCGCGAUCUGUGAGGAAAAUAAGGGCACUGUACAAACACGUAGACGAUAUAGACCUGUUCACCGCGGGCAUGGCUGAGAGACCAGUGGUGGGUGGACUUGUUGGCCCAACAUUUGCUUGUAUUAUUGCACAGCAGUUCUCUAACUUAAGGAAGGGCGAUCGGUUUUGGUAUGAAAACGGAGGCUUUGAUUCAUCAUUAACUCCAGCACAACUACAGCAGAUUCGUCGUAUUUCUUUUGCACAAGUUCUCUGUCGUACCCUGGAUAGCAUCGAAACCGUCCAGCCUUUCGUCUUUCUUUCCUCUAACAAUCCUGAUAAUGACAGGAUCUCUUGCCAAAACAAAUUGCUCAAUAACUUUCAUUUGUCUCCUUGGGUUGAAAUAAAUUCUGACUCUGACAAUGACAUAAACAAAUCCGGAGAAAAAUCUACUACACCAAAACCUAAAAUAAAAUCUACUACUUCAAGACCCACAACUACUACUAAAAAGACUUUACAUAAAGGUGCUAGCAAGCUUACUCAAAAGAAUCCAAAUAACAAUCUUACUAUUGCUAACAAAGACAUCACAAAGGACACUUUGACUAACAAAAUUGACAAAACAAAAAUAUCCAAAGACGAUGACGAACUUAAUCUGAAAUUGAGUGACAUUACUUCUUCACCUAUCAAUAUAGGAAAAGAAGACGCAACGGCCGACCUUGACAUGACUACUAAACCUGACACGACUAGACAACAAGUACAAAUAGAUGACAAACUCGACUUUAAAAAUAAAAGUAGACUAGUAAAUGACCUAACUGUUGACUCUAGACAUAGACCUAACAAAUUUGACGACUACGACUAUGACGAUGAAGAGACUCAACAGGUACAAUCUGUAGUUGUAAACAAUGUUGUUCAUAAAAGGCCUUACAGUCAAAGACCAGUAAUUACAGUGACAGAAAAUAUUGACAAAUAUACCUAUUUAAUUAACUAUGUACCAAGACCUACAGAAUCUUGGCGACAACCGACUAGAAGACCAACUCAGACUCCUAUACGAGAUAGAGACGUUGUAAAAGUGACCUAUCAAACUUAUGAUGAUACUUACCGACGACCAAAUAAACCUUACUACUAUAAUAACAGACACGAGGACCUAAACUACAGGUAUAGUAAUAGACCAAGUUACACGACUAGAUAUAACUAUCAUUCAUCUGCUAGAUCUAACGACGAAACUGUAACUCAGCAAAACAAGGCGACAAAUAAACCUGACAUGACAGAUGAAAACACAACUGACUUAUACAAACUUGUGACUUUCGGUUAUGUAGGCACUUAUAAAGGUAAUUCACCUACAACUGAAAAACCGAUAGAAGAAACACAUAAAGAAGUAACUGAAAGACAUGUAACUGAGACUAUAAGUAAAGACUUCUCGACUGACAAGACUGACAACAAUAUGAAGUUAUCGACUUUUUUCUUAUACGACACUGCCACCAAACCUUACCUACAGAGACCUACAAGACGUAAUGACGAAGCACCUGUACAGACAAACAAAUACUAUUAUAUAAGAAAUGUUUUACACAAAUACUCAGCCUCCGAAAAAAAAGAUAUCAAGAAUGAAACAAAAAAUGAAAAGCAGGAGAUUUUGAAGGAAAAUUACAAUAACCCUGGGACCCCUGAUACGGUUAUAGAAGAAAGGUCUUCAGUAGAUAAAAUGACAUCGUUAGAAGAUAUGGAGAUGAAGCGUAAGAAUCAGGAACGUCACAGGAAUAGAGUGAAAGUGAAGUCAUCCAGCAAUGCAAAGACUCCAUCUGUAGCUUUCGAUGUUAUUCCUAGCGAGAUCAGUCCAUCGCAAUGGGCAGUUUAUGAAGAAAACACGGACUUGCCUGAACAGCACAAAAUGCCAAUUAUGAAGACUGACCCUUGCUCUUUAAGGGAAAUUCCGAGGCCCAUAAUAUUUAAUCAUUUUAGGAGACGGAAACCAACGUUAGGCAGACAGUGA